AUGCUCAGGCAUGACAAACCCCAGAUUAAAAUAAAAACAGUUCGCAUAAGAAAAAGACCUCUUAACAACGACAUAUGGUCAAAUGUCUCAACCCCAUUUUGGUUAAAUUUACAGGAUGCCCAUGCUGACGAAAAUGGAGAGACAUGGAUUCCGUUGCAACAAAACUUAUUGCCCAAAAGUCAAAUAUCAGUAAUUCUUGGCAAUAUUUUUCACGGGGAUGAUAAGUCAAACAAACAGUACGACCUUCAUUUGCUGAGCAAAAGAAAACGCAAAUAUCAUAAAAGGAGCGAAUCCUUGAUUAAAAAACAUCGAAUUUCAAGGAGCUUGAACGGAAAAUCUUUGAAUUCCACAUAUGAAUUUAACAAUGACUUAUCUAAUAUCAUGGUUAAAAAUAUUAAGUUAUUGGAAUUGGAUAAGAUUCUCUUGUGCAAGCAAUCGAUUUACACUUAUAGAGAUUCUAACUCUUCUACCGACAAUAUAAUAAUAUCCGAUAAAUGCGCAAAUUUAGCCGAUCAAUCUUUUAGAUUUAGCAUACCUUUAGCUUUUCCCUUUAUCCCUAUAACGAUAGAAUUCGAGAUUGAUAAAAACAAUUCGUUGGUGCUAUGCAAUCAUUAUCUGUCUCAUAUGCCAUGUAAACCAAAAAUAUAUCCUUCUAUGCAGCAAGCAAACUUUAAAGCAUUUAAAAAUCGUUGGAGAUUACCAAUCGGACAAUAUUUUUGGAGUUCUUACAAUUUUAGAAUAGCUAAUACUAAAUCACUUUCGAUUUCUUCUGAGGUAUGCAAUUGGACGAAAGAGAGCCUAGGAAAAAAAUAUUCCCAAUGCAAUCUGUUUUUCCAAAGAAUGCCUUGUGAAUCAAUUUAAUAUAUCUCGAGUCAUAUACCAAUGACUUUAUAUUUAUUGAUAAGUUAAUUUGAUAUUGUACACAAAAAUGGAUAAGUAUAAUUUUAUAAAUACACAAAUGAGAUAGAACUUUUUAUGAUAUGUUAUAACCGAAUUGAUUAGCGAUAAUAAUUCUCGAAAUCCGGUCUCUCUCUAUCUCUGAAUUAUCCUCGUCGGAAUCUGCAUGCUCACGCUUCAUAAUAACAAUUGAUGGGGCCUUAAUUUUGGGACUAAAUAUUUUUCUGCUAUGGGUUAUUUUUGGUUCAUUUCUAGUUGAACGUUCUUUUUGAA